GACUCUCAACCACUGCGCCACCAGGGAAGCCCCAAAAGUCAAUUCUUUAAAACAAACCAUUUAAUAGAAAGUAUAGCAGGCUGAAUAAUACUCCUUUUCCCCCAGCCACCCCAGAGAUGUUUGGAUCCUAAUCCCUAGAACCUGUGAAUAUGUUCCAUUAUAUGGCAGAAGGGUCUUGACAGAUGUGAUUAAGUUCAGGAUUUUGAGAUGGGGAAAUUAUCCUUUAUUAUCUGGGUGGGCUUGAUAGAAUCACAGAAGUCCUUAUAAGAGAGAGGCAGAUGAUCAGAGGAAGAAGCAAUGUCACCCUGCAAACAGGAAGAGAAAAGGCUAUAUUGAUGUGAGUCCAUGGGCCAAGGAACGUGGGUGGCCUCUGGAAGCUGGAAAAGGCAAGAAAACAGAUUCUCCCCUAAAGCCUCCAGAAGGACCAGUGCUGCUAACAUCUUAAUUGUAGCCCCAUAAGACUCAUUUUGGACUUCUGACCUCCGGAAGUGCAAGAGAAUAAAUUUGUGUGGUUUUAAGCUACUAAAUGUGUGGUAAUUUGUUACAACCCCAGAAGGAAACUAAUACAGAAGGUAUCUGGGAAAUGAACAGCUGUACCAUGUUCCCUUUAGUCAUUAUUUCUAGUCGCUUUUAUGAGCAAAGCUUGUCUUACCUAGCAACAGUUGCUAAGUAAGUUAACAGUUUAAUCUAGAGUCUAGGAGGGAGCAACUGCUUAAAUCUUCCCAAAUCCAGUGCCCAGACCUUAUAUGGCAGAGGCUUUCAUUACCGUUCUUUACCAUUAGGCACAUAACCACUACCUAAUCAUGGCAAAUCAUUUAAUCCUUGCAAGCCUCUAGCAUUAUCUUCAAACCUUGAACCUCUUCCAGCUUUCUCAAACGUCUAGCUUUUCUUAAAAUUACUUUUUCUGAUCCUUAGAGUGUUUUGACUGUACUUAGUAAAAGACAAAUUUAAUUAUGAUCAGAAAUCCGAAUUACACAAACUUUGUUUGCUGUGCUGUAUGUAAUAAGAUAAUUCCACCAGCCCCCUUUGGGGAAAUCUUCAAACGGAUCCAUGAGUACAAGCCAUUUAAGACACGCUUUUACACUCACAAAGAUAUACUGGAUAUUGGGACAGAUAUUCUGAAUAAAGGAGAGCAGUUUCAAGAAGCUGUACUCAAAGAACGUAUUGCAAAAGCAGAAGCUGACAUAUGGGCUAAGGCAGAUGAACGCCAAAGAGAAGCAGUGAAGAAAGCCCUUGAAGAAGCAAAUGACAUGCACAAAAUGAAAAUCCAGAUUCUGAAAGAGGAACAUCAAAAAGAUUUACAGGAAAUGGUAUCUAAGACCAAGAUCGAGUUGCAUCAAAACAUGGAGGAAGAACUACAGCGAGAACACCUGGCUGCCGAGCAACGCAUGGUCCACAGGAUCCAGAGGAUCAUGAUGGAGUGCCACCAGGAGAAAGUCCAGGCCGUGGAAGAAGCCCGGGCCCAGGAGAGGCACAUAGCCCAGGAGGAGAUCCAGGCCCAGAGAAGAAAGGCCAUGGAGGAACUUUUGAGAGCUGGUGUCACAGUUAUGAAGGAUCAAAAGAACAGUGUGAGCCAACUGAUAAAGGAAAAAGAACAUGAAAUGAACGUCUACUAUUGCAUGGCUCAGAAACAGAAGCAAGAAGAGGUUCAGAAAGUGCUUCAAGAAGCGGAGAAAACACAUCAGGCCACGCUUGGAAAUGUGAUGGACAAACUGCUUAACACUCAGGGGGAGCUGCUGUCUAUGGCGAAGCAACUGGAAAUCAUGACAAAUUGGAAAGAUUUCCUGGAGGAGGAGUUACAGGAAACCAGGGUAGCAUUUCAAAAAUACAUCAAUUAUACGUUUCCGAAGCUCUCACCGGGACAUGCAGAUUUUAUUCUGCCAGAAAGAAAGAAAAUACCUUCCAGUCUUAUUACUCAGGAGAGCCAAGCAACUCUUGAUUAGAAGUCUUCAUCUGAAAUGGCACUACAAAAGACAUUGUUCUAAAGACUAAAUAAAUCCACUCAAAAACCAUUUAUUGAUCCCUGGUUAUGUGCAGCGGACUAGUGAGCUGUGAGCAUUUUGAUGGAAAACCAAAAUAUGCAAAAGCACAUUCCAGGCUACGAUGAGGUUCCAAGUCUGAUGGAGGAGAGAUAACAGUGAGAGGGGUCAAAACUGACUAGGAGGGAAAAAGAUUUCUUGGAAGUCUAAACAUACUUCUGUAUCUGGCUUUACUCACGUUUACAUCAGACAUUUAACUAUUUUAGUAUUUGUUGCAGUUAAAAAACAGUAAAGGGACAUGUUCUUAGAUGGUUUCCGUUGUGGAGAGGUGUGUCUAGUAAUCCAGUAUGUCUAGUAAUCUAGUCUAAAGAUUAUUAUUUUGUGAACUGCAAUAGCUUUGUAGGAAAAAAAGCAGUGUUUCUCAGAUUCAGUAGGAUAAAACUUAAAUUCUGGGAAGCCUAUAUAAAAUAAUUAAGAAAGGACUCUCUUAUAUUUGCCAUUUGUGAAAGAAAAAUAUGUCUUUAGAGGUCAGAUUCCUUGCCUCAGGGAUGGGGAGUCCCCUUAUGUUUAUACCCAAGCCCAGGAGUGCUUGGAACUAGGUCAAAAUGCAGAAAAGCAUUCUGUACCGCAAUGCUCAGGGCCAACAAAUGUCAACAUCUACUGAAUUAAAAUGGAAGAAAACCCAAGCCAUAAAGACUGCUCCAAAAAAAUCUAUCCACUUUAAUGUAGCAUCCUUAAAUUAUUAAUCACCAACUUAUAUUGGUGGCUUUAAAAUUAAGUACCUGGAAAGCCGUUUUCAGUAAAUUAAAAAGUGCUACUGUCAA